UGUUCCUACCUUUAGUAAUUUUUCAAACUGGGUAUGUGUACUACAAAGAGGAUCCUACAUCAAUGCUACCAAGUGACCACACUUCUGAUAAUUUUUUUGUUGUUGUAGAGUCUGUAGCUCGUUCAAGCAAACUGCUGGGUUGGUGCCAAAGGCAGACAGAUGGCUAUGCAGGGGUAAAUGUGACAGAUCUCACUAUGUCUUGGAAAAGUGGACUGGCCUUAUGUGCGAUCAUCCAUAGAUACCGCCCUGAUCUGAUAGAUUUUGAUUCUUUGGAUGAGCAAAAUGUGGAGAAGAAUAACCAGCUGGCCUUUGAUAUUGCCGAGAAGGAGCUGGGCAUUUCUCCCAUCAUGACAGGCAAAGAAAUGGCCUCGGUGGGGGAGCCUGACAAGCUUUCUAUGGUGAUGUACCUGACUCAGUUCUACGAGAUGUUCAAGGACUCACUCCCCUCCAGUGAGGCCCUGGACCUGAAUGCUGAGGAGAAAGCAGUUCUUAUAGCCAGCACCAAAUCCCCCAUCUCCUUCCUCAGCAAACUUGGACAGACCAUCUCUCGGAAGCGUUCUCCCAAGGAUAAAAAGGAAAAGGACUUGGAUGGUGCUGGAAAGAGGAGAAAGACCAGUCAGUCGGAAGAGGAGGAUGCGCCCCGGGGCUACAGAGGAGGAAGGCCCACACUGGUGAGCACUCUGACAGACAGGAGGAUGGAUGUGGCCCUUGGCAAUCAGAACAAAGUGAAGUACAUGGCAACCCAGCUGCUGGCCAAAUUUGAAGAGAAUGCACCCCCACAGUCCACUGGCAUGAGGAGACAGCCAACACAAGAGCGUGGGGUCAGCCAGCCGUCCUGCUGUCUUCCUGAGCAGGGUCGCCCUGCUCCCACCCCCCAGUGGAAACAGCGACGGGAAAAGGAGCGUUCUCGGACCUGCCCUAAAAAAGUGAUCACACUCUCUCCUCCCCCUACUCCACCUCCCUGUCGGGCGCCUGGCAGCCAGCAGACAUACAGGGAUCUUGAUGCUGACAGCCGUGGCAAGCAGAGUCCCCACCAUGAGAGGCCAGAGCCUGAACCUUCUCGUCGAUUCUUUGUUGACCAGUGGGAGCUUUCUCUUAGUCUCCGCUCCUCCACCCGCCCCGCUUCUCCUUCCUCUGACUCCCUCCGACAGAAGUAUAUAAAGAUGUACACGGGCGGAGUGAGCUCAUUGGCUGAGCAGAUAGCCAAUCAGCUUCAAAGGAAAGAACAGCCCAAAACCCUUCUAGACAAGAAGGAACUGGGCUCGAUAAAGAAGGAGUUCCCACAGAACUUGGGAGGCAGUGACACGUGCUAUUUCUGCCGGAAGCGGGUCUAUGUGAUGGAAAGGCUGAGUGCUGAGGGCAAGUUCUUCCAUCGGAGCUGCUUCAAAUGCGAGUACUGCGCCACCACCCUGCGCCUCUCGGCCUACGCCUAUGACACGGAGGACGCUCGACAUGUUCACCAACCCGGAAAUUCUUCAGACCCCAUUCUUUUGGGUUUUUAUGGAGGCUUCAUUGCAGUCAUGUUUGACUAA